UGGCGGAGAUACGUUGGCGGGCGCGCCCACACAGGUACCUGUGUCCCGGCGGGAGCGCGCACGUCAUGUGCCCGCGCUGGCAGACAAGAUGGCGGCGGUUUGAAUGUGGACGCGGUGACCGUUAUCCCGAUAUAGGAUGGAGGCGCCGCCCGGCCGGGGGACACCCGGCAUCACCCGCUCCGGGCCCGAGUCACUGCCGCCGGGUCCCCAGAGUAUAGAGACCGAGAGAGACAGCUCGCCUGGUGAGAGACGUCACCCUGGGGAAUAUAGUGAGAGAGACAGCCCAUCUGAUGAGAGACAGCCCCCUGGUCAGGAUAAUAAGAGAGACCGCACGGCUGGUGAGAGACAGCCCUCUGGUAAGGAUAAGGAGAGCACAUCUGGUGAGAGACAUCAUCCUGGGGAAGAUAAUAAGAGAGACAGCCAGUCUGGUGGAAGACAUCCCUCUGCUCAGGAUAAUGAGACAGACCGCACAGGUGGUGAGAGACAGCCCUCUGAUAAGAAGAGCACAUCUGGUGAGAGACAUCAUCCUGGGGAAGAUAAUCAGAGAGACAGCCAGUCUGGUGGAAGACAUCCCUCUGCUCAGGAUAAUGAGACAGACCGCACAGGUGGUGAGAGACAGCCCUCUGGUAAGGAUAAGGAGAGCACAUCUGGUGAGAGAUAUCAUCCUGGAGAAGAUGAUCAGAGAGACAGCCUGUCUGGUGGGAGACAUCCCUCUGGGAAUGAUAGCGAGAGAGACUUGCUGUCAGGGGAGACACUUCUCGCUUGGAUUGUUAGUGAGAGAGACUGCCCAUCUGGUGAGAGACAUCCCUCUGGCAAUGAUAGUGACAGAGACUUCCUGCCUGUUGAGAGACAUCUCCCUGUGAGUGGUGGUUUUCAGAGACCACAUCUCCCCAUCAGUGGAGCUCAUACCCUGGAAAGAGACAGUUUGUGCACUGAGAGUGCUUCCCCCAGGAGAGACGGCUAUGUCCGGCUGCCCGUUCAGAGUGCAUUCCCUGGGAGAGUCGGCUAUAACUGGCUUCCCACAGAGAGUGCAUCCUCUGUGAGAGACGGCUAUGACCGACUUCGCACUGAGAGUGCUUCUCCCGGGAGAGUCGGUUAUGAUUGGCAUAAUGCAGAAGAGGGUGCUCCCCCCGGGAGAGGCGGCUAUGACCGGCUGUCGGUGGAAAGAGCUCACACCAUGAAAGACUUUGAGAAGCAGAUCACAGAGCUGAAGAAAGAGAACUUCAACCUGAAGCUGCGCAUCUACUUCUUGGAGGAGCAGGUCCAGCGGCGCUGUGACAACAGCAGCGAGGAGCUGCACCGCAUGAACAUCGAGCUCCGUGUGGAGGUGGAAAGCUUGAAACACGAGUUCCAGGAGAAGCAGAAGCUUCUGGUCAGAGCUUCCAAGGCCGUGGAGAGCCUGGCUGGAGAACAUGGCUCUGCUGUCCAGCGGCUGAGAGAAGAGCACCUCAGGCAGCUGCAAGAUAUAGAGGAUCCUCAUAACCAGAACAUACACCUCUUACAGGAGGAGCUGGCGCAGAAAGCGGCCGAGCUGGAGAAUGUAUGUGCGCUGCUUGAUCAGGAGCGUUUGCAAAGGUUUAAUUCUGAGGAAAGACUUUUGGUCGUUAAAGAACAAUAUACCAAGUGUGUGGGGAUACUGGCGGAGAGAGACUGGAUCAUACAGUGUUUAAAUGAAACUCUGCUUUCUAAAGAUGCUCUAAUUGCUCAGCUUGAGAAGCAGAUCGCCGCCAUGAUACCAUGCGAAACGUCCAAUGGAAGCUCCAAUGCAAAUAGCGCCCCCAGCUUGUUCUCGGUAAAUGGUGCCGGUGAAGAUGGUGUAGAUGCUUCCGAUCCCAUGUGCAAUGUAGACAAUGCAUUAAAAAGCUUGGAGGACAAAGAGAAGAAUGUUAAUGAGUUUCAAGAGAAAAUGAAGGAAAUGGACAGUCUUCUAAAAGACCUGCAGCAGAAGCUAGAGGCUAAUAAGGCGGCCUCCGCUAUUGAAGAGAGAAAUGCGCUGAAGAGAGACAAAGCAAUACAAGGCCUCACCACCGCUUUAAAGACAAAAACCAAAGAAAAUAACAAACUCUUAAAUGAAAUUGAUCAUCUUAAAGCGGUCUUGGCUAAAGCCCGAGAAUCAGCUCAGUUCCAAAACCUGAAAGAGAACAUUGAUCCUGAAUACAGGAAACUGGUUUUCACGCUUCAGUCUGAGCAAGAAAUGUACUCCAGGUUACUGCGAUAUGAGAGAGAGUCUGGAAGUCUACAGAAAGAGCUCGAUGCAAUCUCUAUGUUGAGAAGGUGGCUGGAAGAGAACAUUCAGGCUAACCAAGAGCUGCGAAAGAUUAUGGAAGCGCAGAUCAUGUCAAAAUAUGGGGAAGGCGACACCUUAUCAUUUAUCGGAGAUCAGACCUCAUACUUAAGCAUCUGUCUUGAUCACCUUGAUCCAAAUUAUGACUAUUUUGCAGGAGAACAAAAUGAAAGGAACAUAGAUAAACAGAACUCAAGCAUCACAGAGAAUGGUAAGGCGCUCAGCCUGUUCCUUAUGAAAGACAAUGGAACGCAAACAGAGGAUCAAGUUCCUGAAGUAACUGAAGGAGACCAUAUAAAAAGUUUUUACACUAAAGAUCAAAUAGACUGUACAUUUGGAAUGCUGGACAAGAAGAGCGACACUCUAACAGGAGACAGUCCUGCAAAUUCCCCCAUACAGCCCAAAAAGGAGAAGAUUGACCACAAAAGAAACACAGUGUCGUCAUGCUCUCAGACAGAGCUGAAGUACUAUGCUGACAAAAGCACUCUUGUUGAUCUUAGGAAAGAAAAUGCAGAAGAUAUAGGAGACUUAGGAGGUGGGAAAGAUCUAGACAUUGAUCUGAAGUAUCAACCAUUUCCUCUACAAGUUAGUAAAAGCAGUUGUGAUAUUACGAGAGGUUUACAGCCAAAGCAACGUAUGAAUCAAUGUACAAAGAAAUCCCGGCUUCCAGUUCUGCAAAAGUCGUUCUCAUACAAAAAAUUCAAGACCGAUGCUCAAAUGAUGAUUUCCAACAACCAAACCCACGUAUGUCAGGAGGAAGAGCUAGAGAUAGAAAACUGCAGACUCUACAAUCAGCUCAGAUCUGCUGAAAUGGAGAUAGAGUCCCUUAAAGCAAACGAAGCGUCGGUGAAAGGGUUGGACAACACCUCCAACAUGGAUGACCCAAAUAAGGUGGAGGCAGGUUCUUCAGAACAUACCUUACAGCAAGAGCUACAGUUAGAGAACUACAGACUCUCGGAACAACUGAAAUAUGCACAAAUGGAGAUUGAGAAACUGCAGUCGGGUGGAGUAAAACACAUGGACCUGGACAUGAGGUCUGACCUGAAAAACACCAGUGGAGUGGGGAGAGAGAACUCGGAGCAGUCACCACUGAAAGUCCUACAGAUGGAUAAUAACAGGCUUUCUCAACAUUCUGAGCAGAUGCAAUUGGACAAAUGUCACGCCAAUAAAGUGCUAGAUGAAGCUCUUGACAACGGUGUUCAGCUGGAUCAUUCAGGUGCAGGAGAUGGAUAUUUUUCAAACCUAUCCUUGGAUAAGACCAUCACAAACUCUAUAAAUGCGGGUGAAGCCCAUGAUGAGAAAUCGUACUUUGAGGGAGAAGUCUGCAGACCUAGCGUGGAUGGACAUGUACCAGGAACACGUUGCCAGCAUGAUAACUUCUGUGCAGAAUGUGCCAAUAACAGCCAAUCUCUCCUACUACAAACAGCUACUUCCAUCAGGGUAUCGGCAAUGCACCAACAGAGCAAGUUUCCUAAUGUGCCCAGCUCAGGGAGGUCGUUUGAAGACACCACUUCUCUUUCUAAGUAUGACUUGCUAGUACAGUCUCAGGCUCGAGAACUGUCCCUCCAACGGCAGAAGAUUAAGGAAAGCCACAACCUGAGCAUUAUAUGUUCAAAGAAUUUUUUUAACCUUUUGAAAGCUUUUAAGGAUCUGCUGCCAAACAGUGACCUGGACACCAACAUCGCUUUGGCCUUCCAGGAGCAGCUGACGCAAACAAUAGAGUGGCUGAAGGAGUUGGAAUACAAACUUAGCGAUGCCUUGUACGGUGAGGAAGAUGCCUACAGCGACCAUUCAGCGGACAGCUCUUCCUACACCCCAUCCCGCUUGGUUCCUGGACACAGAAUGUGGGCCGAUAAACGUGGCUGCCACGUGCUCGGUUUAGUGGAAGACUAUAAUGCCCUACACAAGCAGAUUGUGGAAGCAAAAAAUGUCUUGCAGGAGACAGAGGCCUUCAUUGACCAUGGUGUGCAGACUGCCCUGCUCAACAUGACGGAACAUUUCGGUAACAUUUUCUUUGAGAAACUUAGCAGGACAAAGCAGUCUCUGGAGGAAGCCAACAGCUUGCUUAAGCUCCUGUGGAGAGUGUCCUUGCCAUUACAGAUUCACAGCUCUUACAGCAUUCAUCAGGAGGAAGAGACAAACCGGGAAAUCACCCGUCUUCGGAAAAGGGUUUUCGAACAAGAACAGUUGUUGUCUGGGAUGGUGAAACGCGUUUACUCCGAGAACCAAAUGAAAGAGGACAUUGAGAAGCUCAUCCUAGACCAGUUGGCCAUGACUCAUGACAUUCUCAGGAGAGCUAAAGGGAAUCUAGAGGUUCAGGUAGUAGACAAGCGCCACUAAAUGCCAACUUCAUACAUACACACAUGUCCAGAAUCCAGCAACUGCCCAAGGUCCAAAAGGGUAAUGAUACCUGCAAGACAGGAAGGUGGCACUUAGGGAAAAUAAAUAGUAGAGUAUCGCAAACCGUUUCCAACGUAUUAUGGGCCCUACGCACUUGGCGAUUACGCUGAAAGAUAUAAACGACCUCGUUCAUUAAUGAGAUAUCGUUCAUAUCUUUCAUUGUGUAUGCCCCAACGAUGUGUGGCCCCGCGCUCGUUCAUCGUUUGUGCCGGGUUGUUUAUACCUGCAUGCCAAUAUGAACAAUCUCGUCCAUAUUAGCAUGCAGGGCUAUGGUGUCGAGGGGAGUGAAGAAACUUCACUCCCUCCGUCGCCGGGUCGGCCAUAUCGGCUGUCGGGCACUUGGGCAGCAAAUCCGCCAGUGUGUAGGGCCCUUUAGUUCUAUUUAAAGAUAAGAUUAUCCCUGAAGAUGGUUUUUAAAUAAAACCAAAGCUUUGGAAACUGCUUGUAGUACUACAUUCUGUCCCUGAGUGCCGCCUUCCUGUCUUGUGGGUAUAUAAAAUGUGUGUGCGUUUUUAAGGUUGCAAUAUUGCAUUUUUUAUAAUAUAUUGGUGUAUUUUUAAAUGUAUUGAAAGCAGCUUGGUAGUAUACAGUAUAUUUAUAAUUUUAUAGUAUGUGCCGUUCCCGAUUGUAGUACUUCUGCUACGUUUAAUUUGUAAAGUUGUAAGUUAAUGUGGAUAAGAGCUAUUGCUAUUAUACAAUCUUUAAGCACUAUA